UUCAGGUAUAAUCAGAAAAAAGAGUUUUACAUCGGGUAACAACACUGGAGAGUUAUAAUACAUUACAAGAAAUUUCCUAUUCAUAACAUAUCUAUCUAUUUAGGUGGACAUAUGUAAAUAAUGCCAUUACAGGCAAUUUAAAAUACGAAUUGUUGGAUUGUCAAAAUACGCAUGCGUCUGUGUACAGGCAAUGUUCAAUUUCUUAUCUCGUUCAAGUUCGUGCUAUCAAGGUAAAGUUUAAAUGGAAUAAUAGGAAUAUUACGACAACACAUUUACAGAGAAAGUCUUAGAAUGGAAAAACGUGAAUUUUUAGCAUUUACAGUAUGCAGUUUGGCAGUCUGCGCACUUGCUACCACACUUGAUGAAAAUUCUGAAAAUACUGUCUCGCGAAAUGUUUUGUCGGAACUCGCGAAUUUGAAGAUUUCAAAUCAACUUCUUGAAAAGCGAACUACCGCCUUGGAAAAAGAAUGGAAAAUGAGUGAAAUACGGAUCAAUGACCUGGAAAAAUCGAACAAAGCGAAUCUGGAAAUAAUAAAUGAGCUCAUUAACUUAAACUACAACAGCGAAAAACGAGUAGAUAACUUAUCGAAGCUGGCCAAAGAGCAAGGAAAGAAAAUCGCUUUUGCCGAGCAAAGUCAGAGAUAUUUGAUGAAUGAAAUGAAAAUGUACGAUGAAAACUAUAAAAAUAUGCUAAGUGUUGCUGAACGAAAAUUAAGUGGUUUUGAAAAUCGAUUAAACGCUGCCGGGAUGCUGCAUCCAGAUAACAAGUCUGUUGGAAAAAUGAAUAGUAACACAAUAAAUGGAACGAUCAUAUCUAGUGUACAGAUGAUGGAUUCCGAUAAGCUACCGUCCACCUACAAACGCAGUCUUAAUACAGAAUCGAUGCCUACAGUAAACAAACGCAUUACACCACCUGGAAGUCAACAACGCAUCGCUUUUUCAGCUCAUCUGUCGCAUGAUCUUUCAGGUCUUGGAACCUCUCAGACCAUUCCUUUUGAUAUCAUCACCUUGAAUGAAGGUCAAGCAUUUGAUUCUAUUUUGCACACAUUUAUCUGCCCAUUGAGUGGGAUAUAUGUAUUUCAGUCGGCAAUAUUGUCAGGAAAUCACGACUGGAUGCAAACUGAAAUUGUUAAAGACGGACAUGGUCUUGUAAACGUGGUAGCCCAUGGUUCAAAUGUUGAACACGGUUAUGACCAGGGAUUUAACUCCGUCAUCACCGCCUGUAACAAAGGUGAGAGGGUUUGGGUCAGAAAACAGGCUUUCUUUGGCGGAACUAACUUAACUGGCAAUCGUUACACUUCAUUUUCUGGUUAUCUGCUAUGGAGUACAGAAUAGAUACUGACUGACAUGCAGUAAAGCUUAUUUUAAAAUAAAGGUGUAUCAGAUUUAUGAUAUG